CGCCGGGGAUCUGCGCGCCCGCGUACCGUCGCCGAGGAGCAGAGACAAGGGCUGCCCCAUGCCUGCGCACUUGCUGCAUGAGGAGGAGUUCUCCUCCGCUUCCAGCACCACCACUGUCAGCACCGUCGCCUCCCGGGUGAACAGGAAUGGGAAUGUCGCCAUGGAGAAGGACUUAAUCAAUCACGAGGACUUGGCAGGAGACCGGGGCAUGGUAGAUGAUCUCUUUGAUGAGACCUACCGGGAGAAGGAGGGCCCCAAGCCCCCCAUGCGAUACGUCUGGAGGAAUAUCAUCCUCAUGAGCCUGCUGCAUCUAGGGGCCAUACUUGGGUUGAUGCUGAUACCUUCUGCAAAGAUCCAGACAUUGGCAUGGGCCGUUCUGUGUUUUCUGGUGAGUGCUCUGGGGAUAACAGCCGGAUCUCACCGCCUCUGGAGCCAUCGGUCCUACAAAGCCACACUGCCCCUUCGGAUCUUCUUGACUAUCGCAAACUCUGUAGCCUUCCAGAAUGACAUCUAUGAGUGGGUACGGGACCACCGUGUUCAUCACAAGUUCUCCGAGACAGAUGCGGAUCCACACAAUGCCAUGCGAGGCUUCUUCUUCUCCCACAUCGGCUGGCUGCUGGUGCGCAAGCACCCAGAUGUCAUAGAGAAGGGCCAAAAGCUGGACCUGAGUGACAUAAAGGCUGACAAAGUGGUGAUGUUCCAAAGGAGAUACUACAAGCCCUCGGUGGUGUUGCUGUGCUUCACACUGCCCACUGUAGUGCCCUGGUACUUCUGGGAUGAAUCCAUCAUCAUCAGUUUCUUCAUUCCAACCAUCCUGCGCUACGCCGUAGGGCUCAAUGCCACUUGGCUAGUGAACAGUGCUGCUCACAUGUUUGGCAACCGGCCAUAUGAUAAGAACAUCAACCCACGGGAGAACCCCCUCGUCAGCCUGGGCGCCCUAGGAGAAGGCUUCCACAACUACCACCACACCUUCCCCUAUGACUACUCCACCAGUGAGUUUGGCUGGCGCUUCAACUUAACCACAGCCUUCAUCGACCUCAUGUGCCUCCUGGGGCUGGCCAGCGAUCGCAAGAAGGUCUCCAAGGAGGUCAUCCUGGCUCGGAAAAUGCGUACUGGAGAUGGGAGUCACAAGAGUGGCUGAGUUCCUGCUCCCCUUCACAUAACACUUCCAUACCUCUCCUUCCUCCUUUUUUCUCCCUUUCUCCCCUUCUGACCCCUCUGAACACGCUGGACAAAGGUUUAAUGUUCCGUUUACUAACUACUGAAUAAUGCUACCAGUUUGCUUAAGAUAAUGAGUUUUAACCCCCUCCCAUGCUGUAUCUUAGGUGAUGUAUUUAAGAUCUAGGACUCUGCCUUUGUAAUGCGAGGCCACCCCUUUCCAUCCUUCAUUUUUCCUUU